CUCUCUUUCCCUCUCUCUCCAGCAGGAGCAAGGGUGAGUGUCCUGCUCUGGUUCCUGCCCUGCCCUGCUGUUGGUUUGUUUGGGGGGUUUUUAUUUUGUUUUGCUUUUUAACUACCUGCUUCCUCUGGCUGUCUCUUCCUCUCUUUGCUUUGUACCUCGCCUACUGAUACUAGACCAGGCAUGGAGAGUAACCGGCACACAGACCUGUCUGCUGAACAACAGCCACCCCCUUCUGCAGAGAGCAAUACUCCGUUGUUAUCUCAUCAGAAUGGCCUGGAUGAACAAAUGGAGCAGAAUUCAGAGUCCAGUUCUCAGGUACCUGAGAAAGAAGCAAGUGCUGUCCCUGAAAACAUGGGGAGGGAUAUUUCCGAAGAGCUCAAUCGGCAGCUGGAAGACAUUAUAAAGACCUAUGGGUCUGCCUCCAGCCUAGUGGGGAAAGAGAUCAGUGUGAGAGAUAAAGACAGGUCUGAGAAGGUAGAACCCUUCAACCAUGAGGAAGGGGAAUAUGAAGAUGCAAAUGAUGACAAUGAAAAAGAACCAACAGCUGCUGGAGAAGCCCCCACAUCUGCAGGCAGGGAGCUGUUCAGCAACAAGGAACAAAAACUGGAAAAGAAAAUCCUAAAAGGACUAGGCAAAGAAGCCACCCUGUUGAUGCAAAAUCUGAACAGACUGCCAACAGCUGAGGAAAAACUUGAAGUUCUUUUCAAGAAGUAUGCUGAAUUGCUGGAAGAGCACCGGGCGGAGCAGAAGCAGCUGAAGCACCUGCAGAAGAGACAGGCCCAGAUCAUCAAGGAGAAGGACCAGUUGCAGAGUGAGCACAGCAAAGCCAUCCUGGCCCGGAGUAAGCUGGAAAGUCUGUGCCGUGAGCUUCAAAGGCACAACAAAACUCUCAAGGAGGAAACUCUCCAGAGGGCACGUGAGGAAGAUGAGAAAAGGAAAGAGAUCACAAACCAUUUUCAGGGCACGCUGAGUGACAUCCAGGCUCAGAUCGAGCAACAGAGUGAAAGAAACAUGACGCUGUGCCAAGAGAACACAGAGCUAGCAGAGAAACUGAAAAGCAUCAUUGAUCAAUAUGAACUCAGAGAAGAGCAUCUGGAUAAAAUAUUUAAGCACCGGGAACUCCAGCAGAAGCUGGUGGAUGCGAAACUUGAACAAGCCCAAGAAAUGAUGAAGGAAGCAGAGGAGCGACACCAGAGAGAAAAGGAAUAUUUACUGAACCAAGCAGCAGAGUGGAAGCUUCAGACUAAGAUGCUGAAAGAACAAGAGACAGUCUUGCAGGCCCAGCUUACUCUUUACUCUGAGAGGUUUGAAGAGUUCCAGAAUACGCUGACAAAAAGCAAUGAGGUAUUUGCCACUUUCAAGCAGGAAAUGGAUAAAACGACGAAGAAAAUGAAAAAGCUGGAAAAGGAUACAGCCACAUGGAAAUCAAGAUUUGAAAACUGUAACAAAGCACUCCUGGACAUGAUUGAAGAGAAAGCAGUGAAGGCUAAAGAAUACGAGUGCUUUGUGAUGAAAAUUGGAAGGCUAGAGAACCUCUGUAGAGCUCUGCAUGAGGAGAGAAAUGAGCUGUAUAAAAAAAUUAAAGAAGCCAAAAUCCCAGAAAAAGAAGAAAAUGAGGACACCUCAGAAGAAGAACCUGAAACAAAUGACCCAGCUGGUGGAACAGCUGAUGCACAGGUAGCCAGUACUGAUGAAAAUGUGCUGAGGAAUGUGGCAACAGCUUUCGUGGUGACCCAUCAUGUGGAGGUUCCUCAUGACCAAUCUUGUGAAAAUACAGAGCGGGAGAUACAUAGUCCUCAAGCUUGCAGCCCAGGGAGAUCCCUAGGCCAACCAAAUCCUCCAUCUAAGUCUGAGGAAUAUGGGGAGGCCACACCACCACUAAAGAAUGACAAUCAGUCUCCCUUACCAAAGGCAGUUUUCCAAAGUCAGUCCUUAAAGCCUAUGGCAAUGAUCGAUAGUCACCCCUUCCAAGCACCAGCAGAAGCAGGCAGUCAACCCCUCUCUCCGACUGGAAAGGCUCCAAGCCAGCCCCCACAAAUUGCAGCGAAUGUUAAUGGUCCACCCCCACAACCAACCCAAGAGGCUAACAGUCAACCCUUACAGCCUACAGCAAGUGACCAAUGUCCACUUGUACUACCUGUUUGUGAGGCCAACAGUCAGCCCCCAUCAUCUGCAUCAGAGGGUCAAAGGCAAACUGCACAGUGUCCAGUACAGUCUCCCAAUGUGGCACUAAUGCCUAAGCCAGACACUGAUGUAGAGGAAGUCGAUUGAAGGCCACUUUCUGGCUGACCUCUGCGAAGUUUGCCUUUUGACUGCUACUAGUUGAUUUCUUUAAUAGGCAUAAAAGGGUGGAAAUGGGAGGGAGGAUGUAAGGCAAAAGUUAAUUAAUUUCAAUGGUCUUCAAACCUUCGUGCUAUACACCUGCAUUUUAAUGCCAUUUAUAAUUAAUCACUGAUUUGGAGCCUUUCUAGGAAACAAGGGUUAAUGGCCUGAUAUUAAGGCAGCAAAACAUGGCAAAAUGAUACCACUUUACCCUUGGAAAGGUAUUUGAUGUGAUUUUUAAAUCAACAAUAGAAUUUUGUUUAAGAAACUUCACUUAACUACAAUCCAUGUAGUUUCAUUAUAAUGAACAUUGUCAAUAGUGUUGGUGGUUUCAGUACUUUUUAAAAGAGUUGGUCAUUACAGCAACAAAGCACACAUUUCAAAAAUAGUUGGUCACACAUCUCUCAACACGUUAUUUGUCAACCCCUCCCUGGCACUCUCCCUCCUGCCUAACCCACACAACACUUAUGUUCCAGGAAAAAAAAUUAAAUUUUUGCUUUAAGCACUACAAAUAAAUCAUGUCUUCUGUCAGUUUUCACCAGAAAUAGACUCUAAACAUGGAUGGGCUUUCAGGUUUUUAGAAUGCUAGACAAAAAUGCAAUUAAACCACAGGUGCAUCAGUAUGAUGCAAUCCACUGAACCAAAAAUCAAAGUGAAAUCAAAGCAUUUGCUGACAACAGUAUUCCCAUGACAGUGAAGAUCAGGGAUCCAAACAACUUUCAGUCUUCUAGUGGUACAACAGGCCACUUAAAUCUUUCUUUGCCAAAUUCCACACAAGACAAUAUAACCUCACAAUUGGAAAAAACCUCAAAGGUCCUCUAGUACAACUCACAUCUGACGUAUGAAUCCCUGCUAUGAUAUCUUGACAAAUGGACAUCUAGCCUCCAAUUGAAGACCUUCAAAAAAUGAAAAAUUCAUCAAAUUAACCCAUUCUACUUUUGAACAGCUCUGAUAAUGGGCAAGUUUUCCUUAUGUGGAGAUAAAAUUUGUCCCCUACUAACUCCCACCCACUGACCCUCCUUUUUCCCUUUGAGGCCAAGCAAAAAAAAUGUAAUCUCUUUUUCAUAUGAUAGCUCUUUAAAUGCUUGAGGGCUACUGUUAUCAUGUCCCCUCAAUCAUCUCUUCUUUGGAAUAAAUGGCUCUGUUUCAUUUAACCAGU